GCCAGUGUAUCAAACGACUCCCUUCAAAAAAGACCUGGAGCAAGCAACUCAUUUCUCUUCCUCUCCCAUUAAUGGCGGUCUUCAGCUCCUUCAAAACCCUCUUCAGAAAGCAUAAAAGCCCUAGAAAUCCUCUCUCCCUUCUAUAUUACUCAUUCCACGCCUAUGGAACUGCUUCUCCCCUCUCCAUCUUCCCUCCUUCAUCUCCUUCUUCGUUCUCUUUCGCUCUCAGGCUCGCCUCCUCUCACACCCGAUUCUUCUCUCCGUUCUCCAGAUGGAUUCCCCUCUCCGGGCCUCUCUUCCUCUCUCCUCCUCCUUGGAAGCUUUCGCAAUCCGCGACUCCGCUCUUUUUGCAUAGCGAAUUCGUUUUGAAGAGGCCGGACUCGUUGAAUCUUCUCUCCACGAGGAGUUUUCCAAUCAGGUUACGGUUUGGAUCAGAGAAUUUGAUCAAUCUUAAACGGACGCGGGAAUUACAGAGCAAUGACGCCAUUGUUAGAAGUGCAGUCAGAGAGGGAUUCGUUAAUUUGCCGAAUUUGAUUUCGAUCAGUCGGAUGGUUUCUGGUCCGUUUAUUGGAUGGAUGAUCAUAAAUGAAUGGUAUCUUUCUUCAUUUGUGGGCUUAGCCAUCUCUGGGGCAACUGACUGGCUGGAUGGUUUCGUUGCCAGGAAGAUGGGUAUCAAUUCAGUGAUAGGUUCAUACCUUGAUCCCCUUGCUGAUAAGGUGCUAAUUGGCUGUGUAGCUCUAGCAAUGGUGAAAAUGGACCUUUUGCAUUCUGGACUUGUUGGCCUGGUUGUGCUAAGAGAUGUUGCUCUCAUCAGUGGUGCAGUAUACAAAAGAGCUCAAACGUUGGGUUGGGAGUGGAGAAGCUGGUCUGAUUUUGUCAACCUCGAUGGAACCCGUCCAGAGAAGGUGGAACCCCUCUUCCUCAGCAAGGUCAAUACAGUGUUCCAAUUGGUUUUAGUGGCAGCUGCUCUUCUUCAACCCGAAUUUGGCACUGAAGAAACUCAACCAUACAUCACAUACUUAAGUUGGUUAGUUGCUGCAACAACAGUAGCAUCUUCAGCAGCAUAUGGAGCACAGCAUAUGCGGAGUGGAUCAGCAUUGCCAGCAGAAAGAUGGCAAUCAGUUUCCAGAAGCAAAUCCUACUGAUCUGAAACUCACCAAUCCUCUCACGGAUACAGCCAGUGAGAAAGCAGACAUUGCAAAUUUGAAAACCAGUCUUUGGAUAGAGUCAUCCAAUUGGGAAGGGAUCCAAAGAUCCUUUUAAGGCUGUCUUUCGAAGAAAGAAAAAAGAAAAGCAAUCCCUAAGGCUGCAGUUGGAUGAAUAACUGAAUUGAAUUGCGACAUGCAUUUCGAUCAAGCAGAAAUGACAAAAUGAGGUAGCCGCCCUCAAAUCGCAAUCAAGUUCCUUCCAAGUCCAACCCGAAAGUAGCAUAAUUGCAAUUUGGAGCCCAGUGAGCGGAAGGUAACUAAACUUCAUGGUAUUUUCAAUUUAUCAGACAAAUACUUGCAAUUCAAUCUGAUAGUGCAUCCAAAGGCACAAAAAAAAAGAAAAAAAAAAAAGAGGCACCCCUAGUGUCUGUGCCAUUUGUUAUGUAACAAACAAUUGGAGAAGGCCGUUCGUGGGACUGGUUAAACCAAAGACCAUGAAGCAGUUCCACGAGAAAAAAGCUGCUGUUCAUGGGAUUGAUUUCACACAGCAAAACCCAUCCUUGUAAAAAUGGUAGAAUGAAAGAAGAGAAGCAUACAGUAGAAAGCUGUAUUGGAACGGUUGCACCUUCUAUCAUGCAAUGUUUUUGUUUUGCAAUCUCCUCCUUUUAUAGCUGUUUUCUUGCUUUUAUUUGAGGGCCUGUUUGGGAAGCAGGAAAGUAAUUGGGUGGAGAAAAUGUUAUUUUCA